CCCGGACGCCAAAACCGCGGCAGGACAGGACAGGACGAGGACACGAUCGAGCACUCCCCAUCGCGCCGGUCGGCUGCAGCUCCGAGUGGUACUCGUAGUCUCGUACUCGUGCGCGUGCGUCCAUUCCAUGGCGGCGGCGGCGGCGGCGUUCACGCGCAGGAGGCACGGCGCGGCGGCGCCGGGGGCGGAGUGGGCGGCGGUGUCCGGAGCGGGGGCGUGGCGCGUGGAGGAGGUCGGGAAGCACCAGCUGAUGCGGCGGACGGGGCUCCCCGCGCGCGACCUCCGCGGGCUCGACCCGGCGCUGUCGUGCCCGUGCAGCAUCACGGGCCGGGACCGCGCCGUCGUCGUCAACCUGGAGCGCGCACGCGCCGUCAUCACGGCCACCGAGGUGCUCGUCCCGGCGCCGCGGGACCCCGCCGUCGCGCCGCUCGUCGGCAACCUCCUCGCGCGCCUGGCCGCCUCGCCCACGCCGGACGACGGGCAACCGUCUGCACGACGCGACAAGGCCCUGCCGUUCGAGUUCAGGGCGCUGGAGGUGUGCCUCGAGUUCUCAUGCAAGUCACUAGAACAAGAGACUUGCACACUGGAGAAGGAGGCGUACCCAGCCUUGGAUGAGCUCAGCUCCAAUGUCAGCACUCUCAAUCUUGAGCGAGCGAGGCAAAUCAAGAGCCGUUUGCUUGCCAUCUCCGGGAGAGUUCAGAAGGUCAGGGACGAACUGGAACACUUGCUAGACGACGACGUGGACAUGGCCGCCAUGCACCUAUCCGACAAGCUCGCCUACUACCAAGCCGCCGUUGAUGGCCGCUCAGCGAGAUUCGACACCAACAACGAACCGAGCGAAUUCGACGAAGAGAGGGGCCGAGAAGAAGACGAAGAAGGCGAGGGGUCGUUCUCUGAAGGCGGCAAUGGCAAUGGGACCUCCGUCGUCGGCUUCACGCCCAAAAUCGACGAGCUGGAGAACCUUCUGGAGGCCUACUUCGUGCAGGUCGACGGCACCCUCAACAAGCUCUCCACUCUGCGCGAGUACGUGGACGACACGGAGGACUACAUCAACAUAAUGCUGGACGACAAGCAGAACCAGCUGCUGCAGAUGGGGAUCUUGCUGUCGACGGCCACGCUGGUGAUGAGCUGCGCCAUCGCGAUCACGGGCGUCUUCGGCAUGAACAUCACGAUCCCGCUCUACACUGCCUCCACCGAAGGCGUCUUCUGGGAGGUCACCGGCGGCAUCGUCGGCGCCACCGUCGCCAUCUACCUCGUCGCCCUCAUCUUCUUCAAGAGGAGCGGUAUACUGCAGUGAUCGAGCCAGUGACAUGCAUGUCAUGCAUGGCCAUGGGAAGAAUGGACCAUCGUCUGUUCUUUUUCCUUUUGAUAAUAGAUCGAGAGAUGAUCGUACUUGCUUUGACGUGAGCUGAGGAAUGCAAAUGCGAACAUGGGAUGGCGAGAGAGGAAGAUCGAGGCACUGACCUGCUAUAAGCCUAUAAGGUUUCUGUGUUCAUGUCUCCCUUGCUGCGCUUUUAUCUAGUCGCGGAAGUUUGGGCAGUUUCUCGUCACAACACUUGUUUUGGGAGAAGUACCAGAAUAC